AACGCACCACAUUAUAUUUGCGCCUUCCGUGUUUCGACCCCUUCCAAGCGAAGACGCUAUCUUCCAAGAAUUAGGGCUACUCGUGAAAAUGGGAGGGGGGAACGGGCAGAAAGCGAAGAUGGCUCGCGAGAAGAACAUGGAGAAGCUGAAAGCUUCUAAGGGAAGUCAGCUCGAAUCGAACAAGAAAGCAAUGUCUAUUCAGUGCAAGGUAUGCAUGCAAACCUUUAUCUGCACCACAUCAGAGGUCAAAUGCAGGGAACAUGCGGAGGCAAAGCACCCAAAAGCUGAUGUCUAUACUUGUUUCCCACAUCUUAAAAAAUGAAAUAAUAAACAAGAAAGAACAGUGUGGAGGAGGCACGUUCCAGUAGCAACCUCCUUGCCCAUGUUUACCUGUGAUUCUGGACUGUGUUUGCGUGCCAAUUUAGUAUGUAAUUUGUUUAUGGUCUUGCUCAUGUAUCAGAAAAUCGGCUUUGGAUUAAUAUAUUAAUGGUAUGUUUUCCAUGGUCUUAUUGAA